AUGGAGGGCUUAGGCCGCUCGUGCCUUUGGCUGCGCCAGGAGCUGGCGCCCCCGCGCCCGCGCCUGCUGCUCCUGGACUGCCGCAGCCGCGAGCUCUACGAGUCGGCUCGCAUCGGCGGGGCGCUGAGCGUGGCCCUGCCCGCGCUGCUGCUGCGCCGCCUGCGGAGGGGGAGCCUGUCGGUGCGCGCGCUGCUGCCCGGGCCGCCGCUGCAGCCGCCUCCGCCAGCCCCGGUGCUGCUGUACGACCAGAGCGGGGGCCGGCGCCGGCGCGGGGAGGCCGACGGCGACGCAGAGGAGUGGGAAGCCGACUCGGUGCUGGGCACCCUGCUGCAGAAGCUGCGGGAGGAAGGCUACCUGGCCUACUACCUACAGGGCGGCUUCAGCAGAUUUCAGGCUGAGUGUCCUCACCUGUGUGAGAGCAGCCUCAAUGGCCACGCGGGCUCAAGCGCAGCCUCCGUGCCCGGCCCAGUGCCCGUGGUGGGGCUGGGCAGCCUGUGCCUGACUUCCGACUGCUCCGAUGGAGAAUCCGAGGCUGACCGAGAUGCCAUGACCUGUGGCCUGGAUUCGGAGGGCGCCACGCCCCCUCCCAUGGGGUUGCUGCCAUCCGUUCCCGUGCAGAUCUUGCCCAACCUCUACCUGGGCACCGCCCGCGAUUCGGCCAACUUGGAGAGCCUGGCCAAGCUGGGCAUCCGCUACAUCCUCAAUGUCACCCCCAACCUCCCGAACCUGUUCGAGCAGAAUGGGGACUUUCACUACAAGCAGAUCCCCAUCUCUGACCACUGGAGCCAGAACUUGUCCCAGUUCUUCCCGGAGGCCAUUGCGUUCAUUGAUGAGGCCUUGUCCCAGAACUGCGGCGUGCUGGUUCACUGCCUGGCGGGGGUCAGCCGCUCCGUCACUGUCACCGUAGCAUACCUCAUGCAGAAGCUGCACCUCUCGCUCAACGACGCCUACGACCUGGUCAAGAGGAAGAAGUCCAACAUCUCACCCAACUUCAACUUCAUGGGCCAGCUGCUAGACUUCGAGCGCAGCCUGCGGCUGGAGGAGAGGCGCGCCCAGCAGGCGGGCAGCGGGGGGCACGAGUCCGCUGCCUCCGACCCGCCCUCCUUCUUCACCACGCCUACCAGCGACGGGGUCUUUGAGCUGGACCCCACAUAA